AUGAACUCGCCAUUCCCCCACUCUUCCCAUUCCAACUCACAUCCCAACAUGUCUCUCUCAGCCCCAAGCACAGAUGUAAGUUCUUCAAAGCCACAAAGCACGCAUUGUAAUAACACCAUCCAGGCCGCCGUCCUCGCCGCGCAAGAAACCAGCGCCGAGCAAACCUUCCGCACCUUCACUACAAGCACUGCCUGGACCCUCGGCAAUGCCCUACGAGAGCGGAUCCUCUCUCUCCCCGAUGGGCAACGCAAGCCUGCUUUGAUUUCCAUUGCGUUGGCCACCGCUACAUCCGGUGGUCUUCCCCCGCACGUGGUAUUCCAGUCCGCGACGGAGAGUGGCACGAUCCCGGAUAACGAGAACUGGGUGCGGCGUAAGCGGAACACCGUGCUCCGAUGGGGGUUGUCUAGUUGGGCUAUGAGACAGAAGACGGUGGGAGGGUUGUCGGCUCAGGCUUCGGCGGAUGAGAUCGAGGCUGCUUUUGUUAAGAAGUAUGCUGUUGCUAGUGCUAAUGGUGGUGCUGUUGCGGAGGAGUAUGCCAUCCAUGGUGGUGGGUACCCGGUUCGCGUGGCUGGUGUUGAGGGCAUUGUUGCUGUUGUUGUUGUUAGUGGGUUGAAGCAGGAGGAUGAUCACCAGGUGGUUGCUGAGACGAUCAAGGAGGUGAUCGCCAAGCAGAAUUAG